UGGAGGCGGCCAUGGCAAAGCAGUACGACUCGGUGGAGUGCCCCUUUUGUGAUGAGGUGACUAAAUACGAGAAGCUUGCCAAGAUCGGCCAAGGCACCUUUGGGGAGGUGUUUAAGGCCAAGCACCGCAAGACCGGCCAGAAGGUGGCAUUGAAGAAGGUGCUGAUGGAGAACGAGAAGGAGGGGUUCCCCAUCACAGCCUUGCGGGAGAUCAAGAUCCUUCAGCUUCUCAAGCAUGAGAAUGUGGUCAACUUGAUUGAGAUUUGUCGAACCAAAGCGUCUCCCUAUAACCGCUGCAAGGGCAGCAUAUACUUGGUGUUCGACUUCUGCGAGCAUGACCUUGCUGGGCUGCUGAGCAACGUCCUCGUCAAGUUCACUCUGUCUGAGAUCAAGAGAGUGAUGCAGAUGCUGCUCAACGGCCUCUACUACAUCCACAGGAACAAGAUCCUGCACAGAGACAUGAAGGCUGCCAACGUGCUCAUCACUCGGGACGGAGUCCUGAAGCUGGCCGACUUUGGGCUGGCCCGGGCCUUCAGCCUGGCCAAGAAUAGCCAGCCCAACCGCUACACCAACCGCGUGGUGACGCUGUGGUACCGGCCCCCGGAGCUGCUGCUCGGGGAGCGGGACUACGGUCCGCCCAUUGACCUGUGGGGUGCAGGGUGCAUCAUGGCCGAGAUGUGGACCCGCAGCCCCAUCAUGCAGGGCAACACGGAGCAGCACCAGCUUGCCCUCAUCAGCCAGCUCUGUGGCUCUAUCACCCCGGAGGUGUGGCCGAACGUGGACAAGUACGAGCUGUUGGAGAAGCUGGAGCUGGCCAAGGGCCAGAAGCGGAAGGUGAAAGACAGGCUGAAGGCCUAUGUGCGUGACCCGUACGCGCUGGACCUCAUCGACAAGCUGCUGGUCCUGGACCCUGCGCAGCGCAUCGACAGCGAUGAUGCCCUCAACCAUGACUUCUUCUGGUCUGACCCCAUGCCCUCGGACCUCAAGAACAUGCUGUCCGCCCAUCUGACGUCCAUGUUUGAGUACCUGGCGCCGCCGCGCCGGAAGGGCAGCCAGAUCACACAGCAGCCCGCCAACCAGAACCGCAACCCGGCUACCACCAAUCAGACGGAGUUCGAGCGCGUCUUCUGACGGCCGGGCCCACUCGGCCUUAGUGCCGUCCUUUCACUUUCUCUUCUGCUAUGUGACUUGCGUUGUGGAGACCAUAGGGCAUUUCAGUUCUUUUCCACGUUUUAUUUAACGCCUGCCUGGGCACCAGAAGCAACCAGCCGAGCAGACUGCAGCAGCGCCUUGGCUGAAGGCUGGGAGGGCACAGGGUGCCGUGCCCAGUCCCUGGGUUUCCGGACGGUGCCCAGAGGGUCUCCAUUCACCUUAGGACAGGAAGCGUGGCUGGAGAGGGGGGCCGAGCGGUGACUCCUCAGAGCCCUGGCGUGACAGGAGGGGGCAGGUCCCCCACUGUCUCCAGCGCUCCCUGAGGUGCUGAGAUGGGCGCGGGGAGCAGCGCGGCCCUGGGAACCGUCAGUCCUUGGUCUGGGCCCCGGGGGCACCGGGGCCGACGAGAACUCUUGGUUUCUUCAGUAGGAGAAUUUUAUCGUGUUUUUUGCCUCAGUUGUUCAGAGACAUUUGUGGAUGAAGUUUGAUCAGUUAUAAUUAAAAGUUGAAUUUUUUUUUUUUUUUUUGCAGUAA